GCUACCUCCUACCCCUCUGCCUGGCUUUGUACCUAUUUUGCAGACAUCUGAGAGGGAGGUCUAUGCAACAAUAGUUUUCUUUCCUUAUAUUUUAUAAUGGCAAAGAACUGUGUUCCUAAUCAUACUGUCUGGUAAUUAGUCACCGGGCAUGAUCAGCAAAACUUUAAACUUUGGUAGCUAAACCUUACGUUUCUUGCCCUGUGUACAGCCAGCUGCAAGGAUGUUUUUCUCCCUUAAGGACUCUUGAAAGAAGGACAAGUCUAUUGGAAUUUGACUCCCUUUCAUAGGCAGACACCUUUGCCCUUUCAUGCCAGGCUUUUCAUGUGAAUUUACCAUCAUCAGUUCCUUUUUUUUGCCUCUUCAGGGAAGGGUUUCCUUUUUGAUAAGCCUGGGCCAAGGGGAUAAUGGUGAGAUUCUCCAUAUGAGACAAGAGUUGGAAUAGAAGAAAAAAAAUACUAAUGUAUUUGAGAAAGCGAUAAAGUUUAGGGGGAGGGGGAAAAAGCAGCUGCUUUCCUGAUCUCCAACUUGGCUGGAUGCUAAGAUGUCCGUGGACAUGAAUAGCCAGGGGUCUGACAGCAAUGAAGAGGACUAUGACCCAAAUUGUGAGGAGGAGGAAGAAGAGGAAGAAGACGAGGACCCUGGGGACAUAGAGGACUAUUAUGUGGGAGUAGCCAGCGAUGUGGAGCAGCAGGGGGCUGAUGCCUUUGAUCCGGAGGAGUACCAGUUCACUUGCUUGACCUAUAAGGAGUCCGAGGGUGCCCUCAAUGAGCACAUGACCAGCUUAGCCUCUGUCCUAAAGGUAUCUCAUUCAGUUGCAAAACUUAUAUUAGUUAAUUUCCACUGGCAAGUCUCAGAGAUAUUGGACAGAUACAAGUCCAAUUCUGCUCAACUGCUUGUUGAGGCUCGAGUUCAGCCUAAUCCAUCAAAACAUGUUCCCACAGCCCAUCCCCCUCACCACUGUGCAGUGUGUAUGCAGUUUGUACGAAAAGAAAACCUACUCUCUCUGGCCUGUCAGCAUCAGUUCUGCCGCAACUGCUGGGAGCAGCACUGCUCAGUUCUUGUCAAGGAUGGCGUGGGUGUGGGGGUCUCUUGUAUGGCUCAGGACUGUCCACUUCGUACACCAGAGGACUUUGUGUUUCCGUUGCUUCCCAAUGAAGAAUUGAAAGACAAAUACAGGCGCUACCUCUUCAGGGACUAUGUGGAGAGUCAUUACCAGCUCCAGCUGUGCCCUGGUGCAGACUGUCCCAUGGUUAUCCGGGUACAGGAGCCUAGAGCUCGCCGAGUGCAGUGUAAUCGGUGCAACGAGGUCUUCUGUUUCAAGUGUCGUCAGAUGUAUCACGCCCCCACAGACUGCGCCACAAUCCGGAAAUGGCUCACGAAGUGUGCAGAUGACUCUGAAACAGCCAACUACAUUAGUGCUCACACUAAAGACUGUCCCAAGUGUAACAUCUGCAUUGAGAAGAAUGGAGGAUGCAAUCACAUGCAAUGCUCCAAAUGUAAACAUGACUUCUGCUGGAUGUGUCUAGGAGAUUGGAAGACACAUGGCAGCGAGUACUACGAGUGCAGUCGGUACAAAGAGAAUCCUGACAUUGUCAACCAAAGCCAGCAAGCCCAGGCCAGAGAGGCCCUCAAGAAGUACUUGUUCUAUUUUGAGAGGGUAGGUGUCCUCUCCUGUACCUGCCCCUCCGGUGCAGUGUUCUUACAGUUGGCCUGCUUCAGUGGUUGCCAGAGCCAACCUGUGAACAUGAAGUGGGAAAACCACAACAAAAGCUUGCAGCUAGAGGCACAGACAUACCAACGGAUUCAUGAGAAGAUUCAGGAAAGGGUCAUGAACAAUCUGGGAACUUGGAUUGACUGGCAGUACCUACAAAAUGCUGCCAAGCUCUUGGCCAAGUGUCGAUACACCCUGCAAUAUACCUACCCAUAUGCAUAUUACAUGGAGUCUGGGCCUAGGAAGAAGCUGUUUGAAUACCAGCAGGCUCAGUUGGAGGCUGAGAUCGAAAACCUCUCAUGGAAAGUGGAACGUGCAGACAGCUAUGACAGAGGGGACUUAGAGAACCAGAUGCACAUAGCGGAGCAGCGGAGGAGAACCUUGCUGAAGGAUUUCCAUGACACCUAAGUUGGGAUAUGGACAUGCCGGGGUGAGGAAGAUGGAGCUGCGAGGUCUCCCGGCUGCCAUACUGCAUGCUGCAGGCUCUGCCUUUCACAACCCCAGGCAACAGCCAGGGCCCCAUUCCUGAGAGACACUGGCAACACACUUCUUAGUUGAUUUGUUUUCUUCUCAUCUUUUUGCUUUUUGUUUCUACCAGGGUAGGGGCCAUAUUAAAUUGGCCUCUUUUCAGGUCUUUUAAAUUCCCCUGGAUGGUGGUUGGGAGGGAGGGAACGUUUGUUUCUGAAUGGCUAUUAAUAGUAUUAGAUCAUUACAACUUAUGUAAUUUUCAAAGGUUGUACAAUUGUACAAAAAAAAAAGGCAAACCAUAGGAUAACACAGAGCCCUUUUUAAAAAUAAAUUGGUAUUGGAGUGUUUUACCCUCUAGCUAUUUUACUUAGAAUGUAACAUAUGCUGCUCACCCACCCUGCCUCAGAAUGUCUGUACUGCAAGGGGCCUACCUAGGGUGGCCUCUGCUUUCCAGCUUCAUGUGUUGGCCAAAGCUGGAGUUCUAAGGAAAGAAUAUGACUAGCAUGGUGGGAACUGAGUGGUCUGUGUAAAAGGCAUGAAGCACAGGGAGUCACGUUGUGCCUCCUGCCUUACUUGGGCAGUAAGGAGACAGUUCAGAACAGGGUGGUCUUCUGUGGGCUCAUCUUUAUUCUUGAAGGUGAGGUUUACCUGAGUCUGAUAGACUGAGGCCGGAUCUCACAGGAGAGCAUAGGUGGGCUUGUGACCCUCCAGACUGGGGUGGGUGGAGACACUGGUUCUGCAAGGUGCUUCCUCUUGUCUUGUAAAGAUAGAGACCCACACUUUUAAGGGAAUUGUUUCCCAAAAUAAAUUGCUUUACCUUGGUCCCUCCAUUUGUGCCAGUAUUCAAGUUGUAUAACUCUGACCAGGGGCACAAGUGGCCAUAUAUGACACUGUCUUGCAUUCUUCUUGGAAACAUAAAGGUCAGAGUUCAGCAUGGCUCUCACAAGGACAUUGGCCUUCCUGGCUCAAGGGCUAGGUUUUCACAAGUUGUUUUGCUGUUACUUGGAGUGUGACCAGCAGCUACUCUGGGGCUGGGUGUGUUCCACUUUGCCUGGUUCCACCUCUAGAGUCUGGGAGUCUAAGGCCAAGAGGAUUUUGGUCUGUGGUCCCAGUUCCUGUACUAGAAGGAGCUGGCUAGAGGAAAGGACUAUUUCUUGCAUUCUCAAGUGCAAGAGAACAAGCAGCUUGCCUGGUGUCCUUCCUGUCUUGAACCUGGUCCUGUGGGCCUUUGAAAAGUUAGAUCUGUGAUCUCUGGGGUUUCUGUGGCUUUGUUUAGUGCCUCCCCUCUGAGACUGACAGAGCAGUCUAUACUUGACAGGGCCUCCUUGACCUCCUAGGAGAGCCUAUAGGGAAAUCUGUGAAUAGUAUAGUGGAGAUUCUUUGAUAUUCAUACAUUUUCACCUCCAGUCAGCAAUUACCUAGGUAUCAUGUAAACUGUAAAAUUAAAGUCAUUCUUGAAGACAGAAGACAACUGUGACUCUUGGGGUACAUGGCUGGCUGCACGUUCCUUUCUCCUCCUCAGGUUUUGUUUCUUCAUUGCAUCUCUAGCAAGGGAGAGACUAUGGGGCAGAUUGUGAAAAAAAAACAAGUUAGAAGGGUAGUGAAUGAGUCCAGAAUGGGACAAUUGGGAGCUAAUUGUGAACAAGGAGAGGGCCUGCUGCAGGGUCCCCGGGUAGGGUUUGAGUGCUUUCUUGGCACAUGGAAUAUCCUGGCAUCCAGAGCCUUUACCUCUCCAUGAAGUUCUUUCUGUAGCAUCACCAUAACACAGGACCAUAGUUGCAGCUCUGAAUCCUGAGACACCCUUGGCAUUUUCUGGAUUACAUGGCUGCCAUGUCCUGUACUUACAUCCAGUUGUGAUCUUGACCAUUGUUGCUGCAGGAGGUUCUGUGUCCAGACCAUAGCCUGUAGCACUUCACCUGUGCUUCCUUUUGUGCCCCCAGUGGCCGUCCUUUGUUAACAUUGCCAGAAAAUGGGAAGGUCAGGCAAACUUUUUUGCCCUGCAAAGGGUAGAAGAAAGACACACUGGUUUAAUGAAUUUACUAGAUCUCUGUUUUUCUUCAAAGAAAAGUUAAUUAAGGCAAUGUCAUCUGCUCAAAGUUGAGUGGUUUAUU